ACAGAAAACAAAUGAACGUUUCUUCCAUCCACAAAUUUUGCUUUGAACGAUGGCGUGCCCUUUUUUACGAGAUCCAAUUGACAUCGGGGCACAAGUUGUGAGAAAAACAAUACGAACUAAGCGUUUGUUCAAAGACAGACAAAAUCCUCUAAGUUUUUCCGAAGAAUACAUUAACGAGAGGUAUCACUUCUCGUCUCAUUGUAUAGUAUACCUGGCGGAUCUGUUGACACCUUCAUUGAGCAACGAUACACUCCGCAGCUGUGCGCUUACAGUGAUGCAAACACUCUGCAUCGGUUUACAUUUUUUCGCAUGUGGAGAAUAUAUGCAUGCAGUCGGUGACGCUGAAAACUUGAGCAAAUCCACAGUUUGUCGAGCCAUACGGAGAGUAUACAUCGCACUGGCUAGAAUUCUCCCUGAUUUCGUGAAGUUCCCUGGUCAUUGCUCUCAACAAGAAGUUAAAGACGGCUUUUAUAGAAUAGCAGGACUACCUAAUGUAAUUGGUGUGGUGGACUCCACUCACAUACCAAUCAAAGCGCCUUCAGGACCAGAGGUAUCUGAUUAUACUAAUCAGAAAUCAUUUCACAGCAUAAAUGUGCAGAUGGUUUGUGAUUCGCAAUGUCUCAUCACAAACAUUGAGGCAAAGUGGCCUGGAUCUGUGAAUGACUUCCACAUACUCCAAAAGAGUGUGCUGUACCAUCAGUUUCAGCAAGGUUGUUUUGAUGGGCAGCUUGUGGCUGACAAUGAUUAUCCCUGUCUUCCAUUCUUGAUGACGCCAUACCUGAAUCCUAAACCAGGCGCAGAGAGCUGCUUCAACGAGGCAUUGUACGAGACAAGAGCAUGCAUUAAGACAACAUUCACCACGUUAAGGUCCCGAUUUGGUUGUUUGAAGGGUCUCAGAGUGUCGCCACAGAGAGCGUGUGACAUAAUAGUGGCAUGCAUGGUCCUUCAUAACGUUGCAAUCAUUCGUAAGGAGGCCCCACCCUGUUUCAGUUGGAUGCCCCGGAAAAACCCAGAGCCUGUUCACUGUGAUUACCAAGAUGGUACAGCAAUCAGGGAUAACAUUGCUGCUCAGCUCUUUGUGUCAUGCAGCCAAGUGUUAUGACAAUUUCACACAAUUACAUUUUCUCCCCUAAGUGACUGAACCACCGUGGCCUUUUCUCAAUUGGGUUUGCUCAACUCCUGGAUCCCAUAUCCUCCGUUCUCUCUGGCCUCCUUUUAAAAAAGUUAAAAGCUAAUGAGAUGUGAAAAUGUGCUUGUAUGAAAUGACUCCUUCAAUCAUGCAUCAUCAGGCAAAUUACAUUUACAGGGUGGAAUCCCAAAAUGUAUGACGUGAUAAAUGUAGCUAGUUGUGCAAGCUAUUUUAUAGAUAAAAGGAUAGCAUAUUGUUUUUAAAUGUUUGCAUGCUUUGAUUCGAGAAAACAAUCUGUGAUUCAUAGGGGGUGUGGCAGAUGUCAAAACUUUUCUGUAAAGGACUCCGGUGGGAUACACUUGUGCUUCCUCGCCAAAAGGAGGCUAUUGAGGAGGGGAGGACAGACUUCCGUUUGCCUACUAACAAAUUAACACACUCCUCGACCUCUUUCUGGGUCACGGGAGGAGGGUAGACUUUUGCCCAAAUGAGAAAAGGCCACUGACUACGUAUAGACACUGCACCACUUCAGAGAUAUGCCCUCCAGAGAUCAGUAAAUGGUAUCGGAAGAAGGAAUCUGACACUUUUGGGGGGGAAGGAACAUUUAUUCAAAAAGUAAAACUGAAAGAUUGCAAUAACUGUACAUACGCAUGAUUCAUUUCCGUUCAUGACUGCAAAGAAAAGAGAAACAUGUAAACAUGAGCGAAGGUU